AUGAUUGGGUAUCAGCAGAAUUUAGUCAAGAGAGUAGAAAUAACUGCUGAAGCCAACAAGCUUUUGGAUUUACCUGAAACGGUUAUGGAACGGUGCCCUUGGUAUAACCCUGAAGGUCAUAUUGACAUGGCCAACUCUAAAUUGUUAAAGGUUGUUUGUCGAAAUGGUUCAGAAGACAAUUUUCUGUACAGUCCAAGUGUAAGUGAUGUUGAACGAGAUGGUUUAGAGCAUUUUCAACAUCACUGGGUAAAAUGUGAGCAUGUGGUUGUGAGGAAUGUGCUUGAAGCUACAUCUUGUUUCAGCUGGGAACCAAUGGUAAUGUAUGGUGCCUGCCGUCAGAUACGCCACACCAAACAAACACUUAUAGAAGUUAAUGUUGUUGAUUGUCUUGAUCUCUCUGAGGGAUUGUUUAAUCUUCAUGCAUUCUUUACCGGUUAUACAAAAGGCCAUUAUGAUUAUAUGGGUUGGCCAAAAGUUCUUAAACUGAAAAAUCUGCAUCCAUCCAAACUAAGAAUCUAA